AUGGGCAAAAUUAAGAAGAAGGGUGUCUCUGGCCAGGCCAAAAACUACAUCACUCGGACGCAAGCCGUGCGCAAGCUCCAGAUCUCCUUGCCUGAUUUCCGUCGACUAUGUAUCUUCAAAGGUAUCUAUCCCCGUGAGCCUCGGAGUAAGAAGAAGGCCUCGAAGACGUCGACCCCCAACACUACGUUCUACUACGCCAAGGAUAUCCAGUAUCUUCUCCAUGAACCUCUGCUUCGGAAAUUCCGUGAGCAGAAAGCGGUUACGAAAAAGAUUGCUCGUUCCCUUGGGCGUGGAGAAGUCGGCGAUGCAGCUCGCUUGGAGAAGAAUCAUGCACCGAAACUCACUCUGGACCAUGUCAUUAAGGAGCGGUAUCCGACCUUUAUUGAUGCCCUGAGAGAUCUAGAUGACGCCUUGUCGCUUCUAUUUCUCUUCGCCAAUCUUCCAUCCACCAAUCAUGUUCCUCCCAAAACGAUUGCGCUCUGCCAGCGGCUAUGCCAUGAGUUUCAGCACUAUCUGAUCACCACAAACUCGCUGCGAAAGUCCUUCCUUUCUAUUAAGGGUAUUUAUUACCAGGCGACUAUUCAGGGCCAGGAUAUUAUGUGGUUGGUUCCUUAUCGCUUCGUGCAACGUGUCAAUGGUGAUGUCGAUUACCGGAUUAUGGCCACGUUCGUGGACUUCUACACAACCCUUUUGGGAUUUGUCAAUUUCCGUCUUUAUUCCACCAUUGGUCUGCGAUACCCACCAAAAUUUGACACCAGGAGCGACGAAAAUGGCGCUGAGUUGGCAGCCUUUACCCUCGAAGGUCACGCAGUCGGUGACGCUCUCAAAGCAAUUGAAGCGAAUAACAAGCCGAAGAACGUUUCACAAAACAAGGAGGUUUCUAGUGAGGUUCAGGCGAAGGUUGAUAAGGUGAUCGAAGCCGCCGGGUUGGACCAGACAAAUGACCGGACUCUGGACACCGCCGAGGAAAACACUGAUGCAAUCGAUAAAUUCGAGCCCACGGCUCCCGAGGCGGAUACGCUUCCUCAGCCUGACCUGAGCAGAGAUAGCGCUGGUUCUCUGUUCGCACCAUACACGUUCUACAUCUCCCGAGAGGCUCCCAAGGCUCCCUUGGAGUUCAUCCUCCGUUCCUUUGGAUGCAAGCGAAUUGGUUGGGACACUGUACUCGGUGACGGGGCUUUCACACAUAAUGAGGCGGACACUCGGAUUACUCACCAGGUCGUCGACCGGCCCGCUUUGCCAGAGUCUUCUCUUCCCAGUGUCCCGGCUGCCUCCGAUGACGGUGAUGGGCAGAGAGUUAAGCCCGGCACCCGGAUACCAGGUAGAACUUAUAUUCAGCCCCAGUGGAUCUGGGACUGCAUCAACGAGGGAAAGCUUCUCCGACCUGAUCUGUAUGCCCCAGGUGCUACUUUGCCACCUCACUUGAGCCCAUGGGUGAAGCCUACCAAGGGUGGCUACGAUCCUCGCGCCAGCCUGGCCGAACAGGAAGAAGAAGACGAGGCGGAAAUGGCAGCAGAAGAGGAUAGUGACGAGGAGAUGGAAGAGGUCGCCGGCGAUAAGAAGGCUAAUGCCGAGGAGAGCGGAUCGGAAGUGGAGGGUGACGAAGAUGAUGGUUCAGCCAAUGGCGGCAUGGACGUUGCUGGCACCGACGAGGACGAGAGUGAGAGUGAGGAAGAUGACGACUUCGGCGGAUUUGACGAUGAUGAAGCGGCUUCUGAAUCGGAAGACGAAGAAGAAUCUGCUCGCACACAGCACCAGAAGGAGCUAGAGGCCGAGGCUGCUGGCCUUCCUUUCUCAUCAAACGGCGUGGCCGACGAGUCUACGAAGAAGAAGAACUCACAGGCCAAGAAGAUCGCGUCUAAGAAGCGUAAGGAAGAAGAGGAGUUGGAGCGGCAGAAGAUGAUGAUGAGCCGGAAGAAACGGAAGCUGCUUGAAAAGAUGAUGUACUCGAACAAGAAGCAGUCCGAAGAGGCAGCGAAACUGCGGUCUAAGCGGAGGAAGAUUGAGAAGGCUGGGCAAAAAUAA